AUGAAUUAUAUUCCUUAUCUUAUAUUAUUAAUAUCUUAUAUAAUUUAUAAAUUAAUUCAAAAUUAUCAACUUCAAAAAUUUGCUAAAAAAAAUGGAUGCAAACAACCUAUAAAAUUACCAACUCCUACAAUAUUAAGUAAAUUAGGAUUAGAAAUGAUUAUAAAUUCCAAAAAAAAUGAAAAAGAAGGGUUAGGAAAUGAAAAAAUUUAUCAAGGUUUACAAUCAUUAAAUACAUCAACUUUUGAAACUAUAAUAUUUUUUAAAAAAUUUAUAAUGACAAUUGAACCUGAAAAUUUAAGAUGUAUGAUGUCAAGUGCUAAUUUUAAUGAUUGGAAUAUUGGAUUUAGACCAAAAGCUUUUGGUAUAUUAUUGGGAAAUUCAAUUUUUUCAAGUGAAGGUGGUCAUUGGAAAGAUUCAAGAACUUUAUUAAGACCAUUUUUUGCAAAAGAUCAUAUAAAACAUAUUACAAAUAUGGAACCUUUUGUUGAUAGAGUUAUUAAAUUAAUCAAAAAAACUAAUGGAAAAACAAUAAUUAAUUUACAAGAUAUUUUUCAAGAUUUUACAAUGGAUUAUACAACUUAUUUAUUACUUGGUGAAAGUUCAGAUAGUUUAAAAGAAAGAUUAGGUGAACCAAUUAAAGAAACUAUAAGUGAAAAAACAAGAUCUCAAUUUACAUGGGCAUUUGAUACAUUAGCUCCAAAAUUAAUGAUGAGAGCAUUAUUAGGUCAUUUUAUGUUUCUUUAUAAUCCAACUAAUAUGCAAAAAUGUAUAGAUAUUCAACAUGAAUUUGUUGAUUAUUAUGUUCAAAAAGCUUUAAAAAUGUCUAGUGAAGAAUUAGAUAAAAAAUCAGAAGGUGGUACUUUAUUUUUAUAUGAACUUGCUAAACAUACUAAAGAUCCUAUUGUUUUAAGAGAUAAUAUUUUGAGUAUAAUAUUAGCUGGUAGAAAUACAACUAGUGGAUUAAUGACUUUUUUAUUUAUGGAACUUUCAAGAAAUCCAGAUAUUUUUAAUAAAUUAAAAGAAAUAAUAAGAUCAACAUUUCCUGAUUUACAAUCAAUUACUUAUGAAAGUACUCAAAAUUGUGAUUACUUAAGGUGGUGUAUAAAUGAAACAUUAAGAGUUCAUCCAUCAGUUCCAAACGAAUCUAAAACAGCUUCUAAAAACGUUAUAUUACCAAAAGGUGGAGGACCAGAUAAUCAAUCACCAAUUUUAAUAAAAAAAGGUCAACAAGUAUUAUAUCCAUUAUGGUCAUCAAAUAGAAACCCAAAAUAUUUUGGACCAGAACCUUUAAUUUUUAAACCUGAAAGAUGGGCACAUUUACCUCGUAAUGGAGGUAUUGCUUUUUUUCCUUUCAGUAUUGGUCCAAGAGCUUGUUUAGGUCAACAAUUAGCUUUAAUUGAAGCUAGUUAUAUAACUAUUAGAUUAUUACAAACUUUUAAUAAUUUGGAAUGGUGUGGGAAUUCCAAAGAUGAACCUUUAAGAAAAUCAGUUAGUGCUACUAUGAGAUUAUUAGAUGGUUGUAAUGUUAUUAUGAGUUAG